CCCCUUUCUCCUCUCCCCUGUGUUUUUCUCUAGAGAUUUUGGGCUUUUAAACUACAGUUUUCUUUUCUACUGGCCUUCCACCCUGUGCACACCAAGAGACUAAAGAAUAGUUUCUGUCUGCAGGCAUCAUGUUAUCUCUCCGUGUAUCUCUUAUGACCAUAUUGGUAGGCAUGGCCCUUUGCCAAUAUUAUGACUACGACUACGAGCCUGUUGGACAAGUUCAGGCCCCCAGUCCCAAAUGUAACCAGGAAUGUGAUUGUCCUAUAAAUUUCCGCAGUGCCAUGUACUGUGACAGCCGCAAUCUGAAAUUUGUGCCUGUAGUUCCAACUGGGAUUCAGUACUUGUACCUUCAGAACAAUGGAAUUGAAGAAAUCAAAGCAGGAGUUUUUGAUAAUGUCACAGACACUCUGCGUUGGCUAGUACUGGAUAAUAACAAUCUAACCAAUGCUAAAAUAGAAAAGGGCACUAUUGAUAAGCUUACAGCCCUGGAGAAGCUGUUUUUUAGCCACAAUCUAAUCACUGAACCCAUCAUUCCUCCCUCCAAAUCUCUGGAUGAGCUAAAGAUGAUGCACAACAAGUUGACCAAAUUCCCGGGUGGACUUUUGACAGACAAGGAGAAUUUGACAUCAAUCAACCUUCAGUAUAAUGAGCUAACUUCAGAAAGUAUUGCAGGGGCUUUUAAAGGGCCAAAGAAGCUGUUAUCACUCGAUGUGAGCCACAACAAACUGAGGAAACUUCCCGCUGGAGUGCCCAGUUCACUGGAAAUGCUCUACGCUGAUUACAAUGAGAUUGACAGUAUUGGAGCAGGGUACCUGAACAAGCUGCCUGCUCUGCAGUACCUGCGGUUGUCUCACAAUAAGCUCCAGAACUCGGGCAUUCCUGCCGGAGUCUUCAACGUGACAUCACUGGUAGAGCUGGACCUGUCCUUCAACAAACUGCAGUCUAUCCCUGAGAUCAAUGAGGGUCUGGAGCAGCUGUACCUGCAGGCCAAUGAGAUCAACAAGUUUGAGCUGACAAGCUUUUGCAAGUAUAUUUCUCCUCUCAACUAUUCCCGCCUGAAGCAUCUGCGUCUGGACGCCAAUAACAUCACCCACAGCAACAUGCCUCCGGAGUACUCCAACUGCCUGCGCCAGGCCUCCGACAUCAUGUUUGAGUGAUAGCACCAUAAAGAAGUUCUGGCACUUAUGAGUACCGUCUGCUUUGCAGAACAGCUCAUACCAGCUCACAUCAAAGGCACAACAAAUAUCAACAUUUCUUUUAACUUUUACUUAAAGCAUUUGCAAGAAAAACAAACUGGUCCAUUUUUGAAUAAUAGUUAAUAGUAGUUUUAUUUUGACUUUUUUUUUUUGUUGUUGUUUCUUUUUUUUUUUUUUUUUUUUUUUUUGUAUUUUAGAAAAUCAAUAAUUAAAUCACACACUUUAAGCAUUCCAUGUAUUAGACAGUGAAUCUAUUGUUUCUGAUGUGUAUUUUUGAGUUUUGUUGUUAUGUCCAUUUACAUGUUUAGCAUGUAUAAACUGGAAAUAUGCUAAUCCAUUGCUGUGCAAAGGAGCAGCAAAAAGGACUGCAUCCUGAUUUAAAUAUAUAUGAUCCUUGGUUUUAUUAAAAAUAUAUAGAACUUGUUCUGUAGCUGAUUAACCCUGCUAUCACUAGUCUUCAUGGCAUGUUGAAUAAUAUGACCUGAAUAAUAUGAAUAAUCCUAAACAAAUCAAAAUGGCAUAAAAAGAAAAGGUAAACCUUUAGAUGUAUUUUAAAUAUUUUAAAUGCCAGCUACAUGUUGUGAAUUAUUUUGUAUAUAAAGUUGCUUGCAUGAUUUCAAAAACAGUUUUGUACUUGUAUGCUAUCAUUGCCAUUUUUGCAUAAUAGGUUUUCUCUAUACAUGAAGUAACACAAUAUAGUUAUCUUAUUUUCCAACUUCAUGGUAUAAGCCAUUGUAAAAUUACAUAAUGAAAUUGUAGAACCCCCAAGACAAAACAGAUUGUAAUUUGUCAAUGAGUUGGACAUAAAUAAAUAAAGCCUUGAUUACA